AUGGAUUAUCUACAAAUGAUGGAUAGAUUUGCUGCAGAAUACAGCAUUAUCCCCAAGUCUUCCCAAGACAAGGCUCAAAUCGCAUUACCGAAGAAGACAAAGAGCGACGAAUUCUCUGAUGGGGUGCCUAGAAAGAAACAACUUCCACUAGAAGCUCCUUCUUCGUCAUCGGAUAUCCAAAUUCUGGGACAAAUGCUUCUUGCCCUCCGCAAAUCCGCUGAACAACACUUAAGAAUACCAAUAUAUCUCGCCAUAGCCACUCACCCGCAAUUACCAAACCUCGACCAUUCCACGCUACAACAAGCAUUCAACUAUGCAGGCCUUGCGAAUAUCGAGAGUUACAAAUACUUUAGCAAAAAGGUCAGCGAGCUUUCAACAGCGUACGCUGCACUCGGCUAUGGCAUGUGUGAACACUGGACCGACAUUAGGGUUUGCGAAUUGUACGACGCAGACUUCGAAGAAGAGUAUACUCUUGCAAUUUCAUUUACCGAUACGUCCUUAACAUUGACGAGUGUGUCGAUAAUUGGCGCUCACGACCUGCGAGGAUCAAAUUGGGCAACUGCCAACUUGGACUAUACGAGUCUCCCAAACCUGAGCAUGGAUCAACGCAAAGGCAAUGAGGAAGACAUUCAUUUCUGGCCUAAAGUUAGAGAAGCAAUUGUGACCCACAUAGUCAAACUCAGGAUACCGCAAAGAGUGAUACUCCUUGGAGACCAAACAGAGAACCGCGAGUUCCUCCAGUCGGUGGAAGAUGCUUUUAUAGCAAUUGGGGCUUGGCAGUUGGUGUAUCAAGUGCGAAAUAUUACUUAUGACCCACUAUUUCUAGCAGCGAGAGGAGCUGCUGAGUUUGCAAAAUGCUGGCAAGGCUCAACUUGGAAUUGCAUUGAACAAAAAUAUUGUGCGAAGGAAAGAGAUCAUGAUGUUGAGCAUUGGACAAGGGAGCAAUACCAUCAAGCUGUCAGACAUUGGUGA